CCACCUUAGUUACGAAGUCAACAACUCGAAACGUAGACACUUUGUGCAAGUUAAGAGCGAUUUUUUGUGAAUAUCUUAAGUAAUUGGAUCAAAUCUAACUAAAUCAUUUCAUUAAACUGAAGAUUUAUGUUGUUUGAAGUGAAUUUUACCGGAAAUGUGAAAAAAAUUGCUGAAUUUGGAUUAACCGUCGACGAUAUUAGCCAAUAUCGAACAGCAAUAAUUCUGUGACCGCGUCAUUUUUCUUAAAGUGAAUGGAUAUUUCUUAUACAGACGCUGUGUGUAUGGUGAUCCGAAACACAUUUCGAAGCGAAUUUGGAUUUAUUUUUCUUUAUUUCUGAUAUAUUCUGUUCGAUAUAAAAAUCAGAAUAUUUUUAUUGUUCCAAAAUGUUUGUUGUUCAUCAAAUAUUUAUUCAUAAAUCAGAACAAGUGCAAUGGUUAAAUAAUGAUAAAGUUCUCAUAUGUGCAACAGUAAACAAUUACGGUCACCAUCCGUGACGUUGUCGUCGUCGCUUCCUGUAAUUAGUCUGGCUAUUGACUCCUUGUUAACCGUGUGUUGGAUCAUCAAAUUAAAAUAAUACAAAAAAAUUAUUAAAAUAAAAAGAAAAUUUAAUAAACAAAAUACGGAAAAGAAACAAUAUUGAAACAAGUGACUAAACAAGUGCGUUUUGGAACCCCUCGUAAAAUAAACGUUUUUUUUCGCUUCUUCUUUCGUCUUCAUAUAUUGUUGACGCAACGAAAUAGAAUAUUUUUUUUUAGAAAAUGUUUUCAAACACCUUUUGAAACGAGGACUAUAUUCUUUUGGACAUAUAUUUUACACGGCAGGUGGUUAAAUAUUUAUUCAAUUCAUUCUACAAAGGGGAUUUUUGAUAUAAAUUUUAAAUAAAAAAAAGUUUUAAGUUAAAUAUUGAACAUGUGUAGUAAAGGUAGCAUCAAACAAGUGACUUAUGCAGAGCAGGUAGAUAUUGUGAUCAUCGAAGUGUAUCAAACAUAAUCAUUGUUUUUGAAAGAAAAUAAAGUUUUUUUCUGGUUCUUCUUCAGUUGGUGCAUUUGAAACCAAUAGAAAAAAAAACUAAUUUUUUAAUCCGACAAAAAGAUGAUGAGGUUUUUGUUAUAAGUGACUGUGAAUACACACAAAAUAGAAAGAAAAUUUUUUUGCUAAUAUUUUGCAAAUGAAACAAUGGAUUACAUAAUGCAGAACAAAAACAUUGGUGCAUUUUUUCAGACCUGCAAGGUAUUGUGGCAUCUGGAUGCAUUCAGACGAUCGUUCAGGCAGCUCAGUAAUCAUGUUUGUGGCGGACAAGAUUGUAUAUUUUGCGCAUUAAAGGAAUUAUUUCAACAAUUACAAACGAGCUCAGAGCCAGCACUAUGUCCAGAACCGCUUCGGCGAGCUCUGGCCAGUGGUCCACUAGCCGGACGUCGAUUUCCACUCGGCUGUCUGGGUGAUGCAGCCGAAUGCUUUGAACUUUUGCUGCACCGUGUCCACUCGCACCUAUCAUCCGAAGAAAGUGAUUCAUGCGAAACGUCACAGUGUGUGGCUCAUCGACGUUUUGCAAUGCGUGUCGUCGAGCAAAGUGUAUGUGAAUGUGGUGCCAAUUCGGAGCAGCUGCCAUUUACGCAGAUGGUACAUUAUGUGUCAGCAUCAGCAUUAACAUCACAAAAUAUCAUCUCAACACAGAACCAUCAGCAGCUCACAUUUGGUCAAUUAUUACGAAGCGCCGGUAAUAUGGGCGACAUUAGAGACUGUCCGAAUGCCUGCGGUGCUAAAAUUGGCAUAUGUCGUGCUUUGCUCAAUCGUCCCGAUGUGGUGUCCAUUGGUAUUGUAUGGGAUUCUGAGCGUCCUGCUGCAGACCAAGUGCAUGCAGUACUGAAAGCUAUCGGCACAUCUUUACGUUUAUGUGAUGUGUUUCAUCACGUCAACGAUUCGAGAUGGGCUCAAUCCGUUGAACACGAAUUGGUUGGAAUUGUUUCUUACUACGGGAAACAUUACACAACGUUUUUCUUUCACACCAAACUGAAGGUUUGGGUGUACUUUGAUGAUGCCAACGUAAAGGAGGUUGGCCCUAAUUGGGAAUCCGUUGUGGACAAGUGCAGCAGAGGACGUUAUCAACCAUUACUAUUGCUGUACGCCACCCCUCAACCGCAAAGCAAUCAACAACAACAACCUGCUAUUCAAUCGGAAAUGAUAACAAGACGUGCAAUCACUCCCAGCCCGGAAAAACCACCAAUUGGUUCGACCCGUCGAGCGAUAACACCGACACCGAAUCGUACACCGUGUGACUAUCAAAAUCUUAGCGUCAUUCAAAACAAAAUCUUCCCGAACGAUGAUAUGGACGAAUAUGUCCGACGAAAGUCACUGACAAAUGCCCCCUAUCAAAACUUAAAUUCUUAUCAAGAGAACAUCUUCCCCUAUCUAAAUAAUAGUAACAACAAUGGUAGCAAUAACAAUAGCCUGAACGGCGAUCCAGCCAAAGAUGGAUACAUAAACCAUCAAUCACAAAUCGCCCGAAAGCAGCCACUAAAUUUGCAUCGAAGUCUGAGUGCUGAAUCGGCAACGGUACAUCAGGACGGCCUAUCAAUUCCUGAACACUUAAAUCAACCUCGACGACGUGAUUCUGGUAACUGGAGCGGUGAUAGAAAUAGUGCAAGUUCAUCAUCGUCGACAACAUUGGAGAACCCAUAUCUUUAUCUUGUUGGAAAGCGAAAUGGAAGCAGUGGGAGCGGUAGUCAUCCGCCGAGCCCGACAAGAAACGGUCACAUUUACGAUGCCGGCUAUGAUAGCUAUUCACUAUCGUCGACCGAUUCUUAUCCUCCAAAACAGCACAAUUCUCAGUUGGCCAAGAUACCCGAGUCGGUAGUGGUACUAUCCGGUGACUGUGAACGACUGUGCAUGGAAGCCGAUCAGUUUUUGGAAAAAUCCAAGAUAACAGAAGACGUACAUGAUCUUGAAACGGCGCUGGUUCUGUGUAAUGCUGCUGCCGGCAAAGCUCGUGCAGCCAUGGAAGCUCCGUACAGCAAUCCCCACACAAUGACAUUCGCUAGAAUGAAACAUAACACAUGUGUCAUGCGAGCAAGAAGCUUGCAUCGUAGAAUUUUAGUCGAGAAGGGUGGCGAAAUUAUCAAGGAUCAGCAGUACAAUCAUUCACGCGAAGGUAGCAACAGUAGUGUGAGACAAUUGAGACAAAAUCCCAUCAACGAUAAAAACACAAAAUCCAAUACGAAAUCGAUCGAAAUCUAUGCGACAUUGCCGAAGAAAGGAAAGUCGCCGUUGAAAUUGAUGGAGAGCGAGAGUGUCAUCGAGUUUGAAAAACCGAAACCGGAGCGGGAAAGUAGAAGUCUAUUCGGAAGAAAAAAUAAGGAGGACAAACGAAGCCGAAGCGAAGAUCGGAAUAAGAUUUCGCGAGAAUUUUCGAUUGCAGAACCGCUACUGGCGAAUGCUAAGGACACACUGAAGAAACAUAAAGAGGAUAAAGAGGAGAAGAAAGACAAAGACAAAUCGGGAAAGAAACAACAUAAAGUGCGACGAAAACUGUUGAUGGGUGGCUUGAUGAAACGUAAAAAUCGUUCAAUGCCUGACCUAACAGAAGCUAAUGAUGUUGAGCCUCAAAAGGAAGCUAUCGUGCAAGUUGCUUCGGUGGAUGACAGUUCACUCGGAAUAAACAAUUCCAAUGCUAUGAGUGGAUAUCUAAGCGAAGGUCACUUCGAGUACCAGACAAUUUCAAGUACGAAUCCAAAUUUGGAACGCAGCAAACUCAUGCGUAAGAGUUUCCAUGGCAGUGGAAGACAAUUGACUAAUGUUAAGGUAAUACCGCCACCGCCACCGAUUCGCACGAACAGUACGUUGUCACAGCAACAGCUUCAGAUCCAUCAUCAGAAGCAGAUUGAACAAGACAAUGUAAAGAUUACACCGUUCCACCAAGCAAACGCUUCGGUCAUAUCGAACAUGAGCUCCAAUACGAGCAUGAGUGAAGAUUCUUGUCAAACAAUUAUAACUUGUGCUGUAGUGCAUCAAGAACAGUCACCACUGCGGCCAGCCGAUACACAGCAGCUCAAAUUCCAACCAUAUCAACAACAAAACGGUGACUACGACGGAAGUGUCGAUGAAGUAGACUGUCACUUCGGAUCGAAUCUGGAACUUCCACCAUAUCCCAGCCCACCGGUGUCGGCGAUCCAUUCAAGACAAGCGAGCGAAGACUUUCCACCUCCACCGCCUAACAUGGAAGUUGAAUCAUUGAACGACAACAACGAAGCUAAAAACAUGUCGGAACCGAUCGAGGGAACGACUAGUAUUCUGGUGCAAUUGCAACAACGUCAACAGAUUCUCAAAAUGAGAAUGAACGAACAGAGCAAACAGCAACAGAUGCAGAAACAGAAUCAACAACAAAUCAACGAAAUAAAAACCUCGGAGAGUUGGCUAAAAGAAAUGCAAACGAAACAGUCGACUUUGAAGAAAAACGAGCAACAAAAAAUGAAUGCAACCAAUGCUUCGAUGAACAACAAUAUCAACAGCGUACGUGACUUAGCAUCUCGUUUUGAGCAAAUAAAAUUGCCCGGAGACGUUCCACCCAAUCAACCGCCAUUACUGCGAUCAGGCUCAUCGCAAGAACUGCUGAGCAAACCGCAAAUUCGUACUGGUAUGAACGGUUUACCGGACUCGCUGUCACGAUCGAAUUCCACAGAUGGAUCAAUCGAUGAAGUUGACUGCGCUCCGAUGAGCAACAAAAUGAAGCAAUCAUCCUAUUUGACCUUACCAAAGACGAGAUUCGAUAUCAAUCAGAGUCAAAUAGCAGAGGAAAUCCGCGAGGUUGAAAUGUUGAACACAAUGGUGCAACAGACGCUAAACAAUUCGCAGGCGAACAAACAACGAACGAAAAAGAAGAGCGUUUCAUUUUGUGAUCAAGUGAUAUUAGUCGCUACCGCAGACAAUCAAGAGGACGACGAUUUCAUCCCGAAUCCAAUAUUGGAGCGAGUGUUGCGAACAGCCAACUACAAUGGUGACUGCGAUAAAUCGUCAUUCGUUCAGUCAUCGUCGCAUCAGCAGAACAUAAUGAGAUUACAAAAUGAGCCAGCGAUGAGGAAUGGUGUCAAUGGAACGCAGAAUGGUAUUCUGAAUGCUAUGCAAAAUGGAUCGCAAAACGACACGACCAAGGGUAAAGUCGACCCGCAACGACAAAUGGAAUUGCAGAAACAAAUUAUUCAGCAAGACCAACGAGUCGGUUUUGGUUACCCACAAAACGGAAACAUGAACGAUCAGCAACAGAAGCAAAUGAUGUAUCAGCAAACGAAUCCGUCGCCAGUUGGUUUCGGUGAACAUAUGGCAAGAUCACAGCAAGUUUAUGUCACAGACUUGUCUAGAAUGCAAAGCGUUUCGUCAGAUAUGCCUAUCAUGAAUGGUCAACAACAGAGACAAGUCAUUCCAAACGUUGCUACGACUCUACCCGCACAAAUUGGCCAAGAUAUGCCAAAUUAUCAAACACACGAUAUCCGAAGGACAAUUUUGAAUGAGGCACCCAGGAUGCAAUUCGAUGAUACUCAACUGCAGCAAUCAAAUUACCAACCAGCUCCACAAAACAACGUUCAGUAUUAUGUUCAGCAGCAAAACCUGCAGCCAAUGAAUCGAAUCAUGCCGCAGCAGCAACAACAAUCACAACAGUCGGCUCUCCAACCGAAUGUCUAUCAAAAGCCUCCUCUUCCGAUGAAUUACAUUCCGCAACAACAACAACAACAACAACAACAGCAGCAGCAGCCACCGUAUGUAAACGGAUACAAUAGUCAUGAUCAGGCGGUGCUGAAUAAAUUACAACAGCAGAACAGCUUGUACAUGUCACCAUAUCAACGGGUACCGAUGCCUCAUGGAUAUCCAACAGAUAUGAGUAACUUGCCCAAUCAACCAGCCAACAUCAAACAAUCGCCCACAUUUCAGUCGCAACAGUCACAAUACUUCUCCGCUCCGAUAACAAAACCGGCCAAUACGAAGAAAGUCAGCUUCGAGCCGGGCACCAAAAGCGGUUCCGACUGUGGACCACUAACGAAUCAAUCCGCCCAUUCGCCCAACAAUAAUGGUACUGCCGCUAUCGAUCAACAAAUGCUCCAACAGCCGACAUUGAAUGUGACGGCAAUUCCGACAAGGGUGUACAAUAACAAUGCCAUUGUUAAAGCGUCAGCGAAAGCCGUCUGUUGUAACCUUUGCCGUAAGAAGCAUGUAAUUUCACCAGCCAUGUAUUGUUCAGACUGUGAAUUUUAUAUGUCACGAUUUCAGCCUCGAUGAAACCGCCGACAGUUUUUUGAUUUAGGGAACUAAGAUAAUUUAUUGUUUUAAGAUCGAAAAGCAAAAUAAUUUCAUUUUUGGAGACGAAAUUAUUCAUUUCCGAGCAGAUUAAGAAACGGUUUUUGGAUUCUAGACAAAUUGCAAAAUAAAUUUAUUUUUAUUGCAAUUUGUGCAGAGGUCCGUACAUCGAUGACUUUGUGUUGCGUGGAAAUGAAUAAUUUUAUUGGUCCGAAAGUUUUAUAAAUAAAUAAAAAGAUGAAUUUAGACGCAGAAAAAAAACGAAAAAUUAAUUUGAAUUCAAAUGGUUGAAUUAUAAACAAACAUAAAGUGCAAAUUUUUAGUAAGAUCUCUAGGAUUACGAAAAGUUUUUAGUGUUUAGACAACGAAACGAUUUAUAUGAAAAAUAAAUGUUAAAAUUUACUCUAAAAUAACGGUAAGGUACACACUUAAGCGAAUUUUUUUUAUAAAUAUUUUGUCUUACAAAAUUCCAUUUCUUUUCUAUAUUUAAUCAAUUAACCUCUACCGUACACAUGCAGACAAAAUGCCGAGAU